GGAGGGCGGGCUCGAACGCCGAGAGGGUGCGCCCGCGCGCGCUGCGCUCCUUUCAACGGACGUCGGGGCGGGCAAGCAGGCGGGCGGGCGGGCGGAGAGCGAGGUAAGGCCUCCCGCGCGUGCGCAGCCGCCCUGUGUGUCCCUCCGCCCCGGGCCCCUUUCCCUCCCCCAUCCACCUCCCCCCCCCCUCACCUCCUUCCGCUUUCCUUUUCGCCCCGGAGGAUCCUGAGGGGAGGAAGGCGACGCGGGAGGGGAGAGGGUGGCGCAGGUUUGUGAGGGGCGUCUGUACUGUGGGAGCGGGUGACGGGAUGGCGAGCAGCCGCCUCCGGUAUCUCCUAGGCCUCUGCCCGGGGGGGGGCCCUUCCGUGACAGGAAACGCGCGCGACCCCCCUCAAGAAAACAAAAUCCGCCAUUCCCCCCCCCCCCACGCGUUGGCCUGGACAACCGCCUUCGGGGAGCGGCCUGGGCUCCUUCCUGGCCGGGUUGAGGGUGGUCGGCGCCGGCUUCCGCGGACGGUGAUGGGGGGAGAGGAGGAGGAGGAGGAGGAGGAGGAAGGCCGCGGGGGUGUGAGGCGCCUGAACGACGGGCGAGAGCGACGUGUGUUUGUGUCAGUGUGUUGUUCUCGGGGGCCCGCGCGCCGUGAACGGCUCUCCCCCCCCCCCCGACUGGAGAGUAGGUGCUUCCGGGGGGGAUUUCCCGCUCAGGGCCGCCGCAGCGGCGCAUCCACCGCGCCUGCCGCCUCCAAUGUCACGCUUCGGCUCUGGGCAGCGGGCGCCCAAGGUCUUUGUUCAGAAGGGUGGGCGGAGGGGUUGCUGUUUCUCUUUUGGGGUGGGGGGUGCGAGGCUUUGGGGAGGAAGGGGUGUUGUGGUGGGUGUGGAGGUGAAAGCUGAUGAGUGGGCCUGGCCUGGCUUAGCAUCGCAUCCAGGUGAAGCCAUGCCUUGCUGCAUCCUGACGCCGCUGCAUAAAAAUACAGUGGUACCUCGGGUUACAUACGCUUCAGGUUACAGACUCCGCUAACCCAGAAAUAUUACCUCGGGUUAAGAACUUUGCUUCAGGAUGAGAACAGAAAUCGUGCAGCGGCGGUAGGAGGCCCCAUUAGCUAAAGUGGUCCAUCAGGUUAAGAACAGACCUCCAGAACGAAUUAAGUUCUUAACCCAAAGUACCACUGUACUGGUUUUGGGUUGUCAUCCUUACAGAGCUGCUAUUUAGAAACACACCUUGUUCCCCUCCCGGGAUGAGAAAAGCAGGUGGGGUUUUUUUGACACCACAGCCUCCUAGCGGAAAGAGGUUGGCGUCUCUUAGCAGAGAGGGUGAGGAUGGGAUUCCGCUCCCCCUCCUCCCCCCAAAAAUGAAUUGUAGGUGUAAAGUUACAAUUAAUGAUGCUGAAAUGGAGGUACUUAAUUGAAGCUGAGCAACAGACUCCUUCUGCUUCUUCGGUUUUAAUCUUGAUCUCUCUCUCUCUCUCACUCACACACACACACACACACAUAAAUUUAAUGAUGAUUUAUAUUGGCUUGGCAUAAUUAUAUAGUUGCAUUGUGAACUUGGCAUGUAAAUGGAUGUUGGGGUUGUAAUGUUUUGAGAAUGGUGAUCAGGUUACUUUUUCACCUGUUCUACAUAGAACAGAUGCAAAUUUUAACUACUGAGUUGAAGUAACAAGUUCAGUCUUUACAGAGGUGUAAAGAAAUACAUUGUGCAUUUGAUAUAGCUGUUGCUGCAAGAAUUUUUUUGUGGGGGGAGGUAGGGAGUGGGCAUGGCAUCAUAGGGCUUGCUUGGCAUUCUUAAUUUUGCCAGGUUUAGUGACUGGUGCUAUUGCUGUUCCCAGGGGCUCAUAUUUCAGCAAUAGUAUGUGUUUCUGUGCUGGCACUACAAUUCAUAUUGAGCUUUAAUUGAUAUCUUACUUUUUAACAGCGAUUAUUGGCUGGGUUAAUAACCGAGGAUCAGAAGGACAAUUCAUACAGCUUAAUUUCAGAUGAUGGUGUUUUAAUAAAAAUAAUAUAAAGUGCAGUCCUGUAUAUAGGCUUUAAAAGAAAAAUAGUUUUGAAUAGGAUUGUGUGUGUGAUUUAUAACACAUCUUGCAAUUCUUGUUUAGAAAUCAGAUUUCUCUUGAUCUGAAAGACUGAAGGUUGGAGAGUUCAAUCUUCCACAGUCAUCCUAUUUGGAAAUUUGAAGUGUAUGCCAUUUAGAGUGUAUGCCAGUAUAAUACUUACAGAAACUACCAUAAGCAGGGCUUUUUUUAGCCAGAACUUGCCAAAACUCAGUUCUGGCACCUUUCAGGUGAACACCGUUGCCAUUAUGAGAGAACAAGGGAGGCGUUCAGGGUGAGCACCAGCACUUCUUUUUCUAGAGAAAUAGCAUGGACCAUAAGAAUAAGUGAUUGGUGAUGGUAGUGAUCAGAAAAGAUGUCGUUUGGUAUUACAGAGGGAUCCGAACUGAAGUUUGGUGCAGCUGAGCAGCCUUGUUAAGACAUGGUUGAAAGAGUAGCGUUUGAGAUUUGUAGGUGUAUGGGAGUAGCUGAAAUAAAUGUUGUCUAAAAGUUCAAAAUAAGUUCAAUGAUACGGGAAAGUAGUAAUAUGUAUUAUAUAAAUGUAAGCUGUGUUGACAGAGAUAAGUUGGACAAGUUUCUGAAAUGAAGCCACCAAAUUGUGUACAAGUUUUGAUAGGAUGUACUGUAACUGGUUAGGCCACAGAACUCCCAGAAGAGAUUUAGAGAUGUAGUGGCUGUCUGUGCAUGAGCCAGUAGUUGGUGCUGUCACAGUAUAGUUCUAAUAAAAGAAGUAUUUCCAAGACUUUAGGAGUAGUAGUAUUUGGCUACAUUUGAGCUUUGGUAUUCUUUUUUCCUUAGUACUAUGGUUUAAGAAGGAUGUUUGGAGGGAAUCAAAGGAGUAUGUAUGUUCUACUUGUAUUUAGUAAACAAGCUAAAAACUUUGAAACUGCCAAGCUUGCCUAAUACUGUAUUUGUAGUUGGCAUCCACCCAUUGUUAUUAAUGAAGUUAAAAAAGAGAAAAUUUUUGACAGAAAAAUAAAGCACUGGAAUUUUUUCUUCUCCACAUCACUGCUAGAAAACAAAUAGUAUAAGCAAAGGUUGAAAGCAUUUAGCUUUCAAGUUAUGGAGACCUUGCUGGUGUUUAAUGGGGAAACGUUAAUCUUGAUUGGGAACAGGCUAAGAACCAUCUGCCCUUGAAUUGGAAAGUGGCUUGCCAUGACAGUGAGCCCCACUUUCUCAGUGGUGAUGGCAGUAUUAGAAACUGAGAUAUGAAAAGUCAGGAGCUAAAUGGCACCUUAUACCUAGGUUAUGGGCACAACAACUGAAUGUCUAGGCACACUUUUUUAUAACAAGAAUACAAAGCUGAAACUGAGUGAACUGCAGCUAAAAUAUUAUGUCCAUUUUUCACAUAGUAUAGUCCUUUCCCUGCUCACCCCUCUAAUAUUCUUAAGAGGGUCUUUUCUCCAAUCUUCGGAGAGUAGCUGGAAGUUGGGAGACAAAAAAAGGUCCUCUUUUCCUUCCACUCUGCAGUUUUAAUCUGAAAUCUUCGGCAUAGUACUGCGCCCAGAGCUCAGAAACUGUUUGCACUAAUGAAAUUCCCUGUCGCAAAAUGCGCCUAGAACAAUGGGAGAUUUGAACAUUGGGUGGCGAUCUCCCCCACAGUUGGAGUAAACUUGAACCAGAGAGGACAGCUAGGAUAGGCUGCUGAGAUUCUCAUAGCAUCUCUAUUACCCAGUGCAAAAACAUGGGCCACCCUUUCUGUCUCCACCAGUGUUAGAAACUGGGAUAGGAAAGCUAUUCUCCACAUGACGCCUGGUUGUGUGUGUCAAAAAGAAUGGGAAAAGGUAGUCUGACAGUAAUGAGCCAGUAGGGCAUAAGAAGUGGUCGUAGCCCCCUCUGUAGGAUUGCCACGUGCGUAAACUAAAAUACUUGAACGUGACAUUGCAGAUGUAGUUUCAUCUUGAUUGAAAUCUGUCUCAAAUAAUGUUAAAUAUGUGAAAUUAGGUGGUACCUCUCAACUAGCCUAAACAGAAUUGGAGAAAUGUUUACUGUGUCACAGAGAUCACAAAGCUUCUGUGGUAUAGAUAAAAUCCAGAGUCCAAUGACAUUUGUGGCCAGGUUAAAUAUUGUGAAGAGAGACAAAAACUUGAUCCAUUAUUGCAAUGAUUAAAGAGACAUUGCCAGUACUAGGAGAGGGAGGACCAUUUAGGACCACAAUAGAUGGGUUUAAUAACAUUUCUGCGCUGCUACUCCUAUCCAAUGCUUCAUUUUAGUUCUGGGCAUUCUUAAAUCAUCAGAGGAGUUGAGAAGGCAUCAAAUGUGUUCUUCACUGUUAGUCUUUGCAUUUAUAAAUGGCCUUCAUAACAGCAACUUUAUGGUUUAAAGUAGCAUACCAAACAGUGCUCUAGGCAGACCAAUGGUAGAACAGGCUUAGAAAAAUUGCUGACAUGAUUUUUUUUUCUUCUAGUCACAAGUGAUUGAGAGAUGGUUCAAGAAAAUCUACCUCACAAAUUGCAUUCAUUUGCCCAUGAACUGCAUCACUGGAAAUCUGAACAGGAACUUGGCGGUCGUUCUUGAAAGUCUCAGGCGAACGGAUGGACACCAAGUCAGUUUAUUGCAUCCAAGGAGUGGGUUGCCAUCUGAAGUAUUGAUUCAACAGUCCAAUCUAUCAUUGCUGAAUGUCUUAAUAAAGUUAGCAAAGGAUUCAAAAUAUCCCUUGUAGUUUCUUCUGAGUUCUUCAAAAAAUGGUUGCUUGACCUCUUUCCUGCUGAAGUAAAGUGGCUUCUAUAACCUGUUUCUGGAAAUAUUAAUGGAAUGCAAUCAUGUCUACCCAGGAAGAAAGGCAGAUCAAUACGGAAUAUGCUGUAUCCUUACUGGAGCAGUUAAAGUUGUUCUAUGAACAGCAGUUGCUAACUGACAUUGUUUUAAUUGUUGAGGGCACUGAAUUCCCAUGCCAUAAGAUGGUUCUUGCUACAUGCAGCUCUUACUUCAGGUAUGUGAUUAAAGUAGUGUUAUUUCUUCCAUUAAAAUGUAUUCUGUUCAUCUCUUAUGUCUAAGACUACAGUAUAUAAUAUAAUUUUAAAAUGGUUCUACUGGGUAAUUUGAAGCGAAUGGAGUUGUGGAUGUGGAAUAGCUAAACGGGGAUGUACAGUUACUUUGAUGGCUUCACAAAGUGUGGAAUAUCUAUUGUAAGAGUGAUGUUUGGGUGCCAAACAUGACAUUUGCGUUAUGGAGGGAAGCUUGGUUAAUGAAAACAAGGUCUGAAAUGUCUCCAGCUCAAUUUCACAGAAGGAGAAGGAGGUUUUUCUUUUUACAGUUUUGAGGUUUGCAAAGUUUUUUCUUUUUGAGCGGGGGGAAGAGAGACAACUGUCCCUCUUGCCCUAGAGUUGAGUGUGAACAGAUCUAAAGUGUGUGUGCGUGUGCACAUGCUUGCAAAAUCCCAUUGCUCUGUUGUGUGUUAGGAAAUAAGGAGGCAUGGAAAUAGAAUACUCACAUGAAAUAAGAGCAUGAUUCCACUAUUCCAUGAUUCCACUCUUCCAUGGCAGGUUAGGGAGAAGAGUGCAGUCUGCUUACAGGAGUAGCCAGUGGGGCCCUCCAGCUGUCGUGGACUGCAACUUCCAUCAAUCAUUGUUUACAAUUUGCCAUGUGUAUGUAGUCCAUAAUUUACAGAAAGCAUCGCACACUGGCUACCACUAAUCUAGAAGACUUAGGCGAGCUCGAGUGCAAAUUGACCAUGGGGAAUAUGCCCAGAGUUCUGGCUCAAUAUCUGCUGUGAUGUUUAUUGUACAAGAGCAAAAUAACUUGUGCAACUAAUAUCUUUAUAAAUAAAAAUAUCUUAUACAUAUUGUAGAAGAUGUUGGGACAUGCUGCAUUUUCCAUGUGCUUUGUUCCAUUGUGUAUUUGAAACUUCUGGUAUGGUUGAUAUCUCAGUGAGUAUUAAUGAAAUGAAAUAAAAGCACAGUAUCAGUGGCUCCUCUUGGCUUUCAGUUGUGCUAUGUGUACCAAGACAUACUGGCAAUUCCAGACCUUUUGAAAACUUGAAACUUGUCCCAAAACGAAAUGAUUUUCACACCAGUAACAUGGAAGUACUCAAGGAAUACUAACAUCAAACUAAUUUAAAUUUUAUGCCUGUGUGUCUCUGGUGACUGCAUGAAAGAUGAAGUUAAAAUUACUAGAAAGUUGCAAAUGAGUGUGAAAUACUCAAAUGAAACUAGUUUUAACUACAGGAAUCUGCAAUUUUGUGUAUGUACGACUAAGUGUUCUGGUGCUUACUACAAGCCAUUGACUGAUGUCAGAAUGUGUUUGACCAAAAAAAGAUUUUGACCAUUGACAGUUGUUCUAAACAGGAGAUUUCGCAAGUAAUAACUCUUUUUAUACUUUAAAGAAGGGCAGAAUGGUUGGAUUUCAGUCAGCAUUGCUCUUAUGGGAGAGAUUACAUACCAUAUUUUUCCAUGUAUAAGACAACCCCUAUUUUUUUGAACCCAAAAUGAAGAAAUCUGAGCCUGUGUUGCCAGAGCCUAGACCACCUGAGCCCGGGUCUCCCCCACCAGAGCCUGAACCCAAGCCCAGACUGCCUGCACCAGAGCCCAAACACAAACUUGAGCCCAGGCUGCCCACACCAGAGUCCAAACCCCUGUGUAUACAGCCCUGCGUAUAAGAUGACCACCAAUUUUUGACUACUUUUUUAAAAGCAAAUUUAGCUAAACAUAGUCUUAUACACUGAAAAAGAUGGUAUAUGUGCUUAAUGUAACCUAAACACAGAGGAAGUUCAUAUAUAGCAUUUAUUAAUAUGUUUUCUAAACUGAUUUGUACCUCAAUAAGAUCAGGGAGUCCACUUGCACACAAACUGGACAGUAGCUUAUCCAUGAAACUGGAUGUAAAUAGUGUGAAAUCCCAAUCCUUGGAAUGCAGCCUUUGUGAACCAUUUAAUAGUUUUGAAUGCUCUUAUAUGUACUGAAUUUUAUCCAGCUCCAGGCUUCAAAGAGUUGGAGAAAGUAAGAUAGAAGCUAGAAGUUAAUGUAUUUUGUUUUAUCUUUCAGGGCUAUGUUUAUGAGUGGGUUGAGUGAAAGCAAGCAAACGCAUGUCCAUCUAAGGAAUGUGGAUGCAGCCACUUUGCAAAUCAUAAUAAUUUACGCAUACACGGGUAAUUUGGCAAUAAGUGACACUACAGUCGAACAGCUUUAUGAAACGGCUUGCUUCUUACAGGUAGGAAUGUUAUAUGCUAACUUUUCUAAGACACUUUAAAAAAGGUAUCUUUCUGAAUAUUUAACUUUUUAUUUUCUUUUACAUUUAACAGAAACUGUCAUGGAAUUAUUUGCAUUUUCUGCCCUAAUGGUGCUACUAUAAACUAAUUACAAUAUAUUUCUAUUUGGUUCAAAUGAGUUUGCUCUCCAUUCCAUACUUCUAGAAUUAAGAUGUAAAAUUGAUGUAUUGAUAUAGGGCAAGGAUAGCUAACCCUCAAUUUGAAUUUGCAGUAUAAUUAAUUUUAUAUAUUUAAUUUGUUAACCUCUUUACAACCAAAAUGCAAUAUAUAACAGACCAAUUAAAAAUAAUGAUACACAUUAAAGUGUUUAGCCACAGAAGCCAUUAUAAAACACAAAUAUCCCUCCCACUAAUGGCCAGAUACAUACCUAAGUACACUAACUUAAGGCCCACAUGCCUGGGAUAAUAAAAUAAUGUCAUAGCACGACACAGAAGAGAUAUUGGUGAACUUCCCUAGGGAGAGCAUUGUACAACUGAAGCACUAGCGCAGAAAAGGUUUGAUGCCACCCUCCAAACAUCUCUUGUAGGAGGCACACAGGGGAAAAAUUUUAUAUGAUAAUUUCAAGAGUCUGGGGAAGCUUAUAAGGGGAGUGAUAAUCUAGAGGUACUUGAGUACAUUGCAACAUUCUAGGGUAAGGGGCAGUAGUGCAGUAAAAGGAAGUGGAACCUCCCAGAUUUGCAUCUGUUGCCUUGUUAGGGACAUCAUUACUGAAAUUCUUUGGAGACUGAUGUUUACAGCUAACAGUAGAAUGACUGUAUUAGCCAGUGAACUAGCAGAAGGUUUGAUUCAGCUUUUUCUGUUCAUUGCCAUCCCUGCAGAAAUUGGAGCUGUCUGAUACCUAGUGAGGUGGGAAAGCAGGGAUUUUGUUUUGUUUUGAGGUAUGUAACAAUUUGAGCAGCAAUAGGGAAAACCUCUCUCCCUAUUAUCUACAGAGAUAAAUAGGGAAGACCCCUGAUCACUGAAAGAUGGUCAGUUUCUUCAGUAACCAAUAGACUUUGGCCUUUGCAGAUGAACUGAGGCACUUUCCCCCUUCCUUUCCUUUUUGUGAACAAUGGUAUGUUGUAGCCAGUAUGUUUAGGCACGUUCUGUAAAUGAUCCCUUCACCUUUGUUCAGUAGAAGUUGUUUAUUCAUUUCAUUUCAUUUCUAUACUGCUUAAAAUAUAAGAAAAAAUCUCAAAUCAGUUUUCAACCUACAUUAAAACAUCAAAGAAAGUAUUACUCUAUAAAGCAUUACAAAAGAAGCUCAAAUGCAAAAUAUACAGUCAAAGCAAUGUAAUUAACAGGAAACUAAAAUAUUUUCUUAAAGAUUUCAAAAUAAGACAUUACGAAGGAAGGUGAAGUAUAGAAUACACAUUUAAAACACCAUAAAUGGCAAGAGAAUAAAAUAUUAUCUUAAACAUAGAAUAAGUUAAGGAGAGGUUGCUUUUAUAGAAAUGUAGGGAAAUUUGUUUCUUUUCCUGUUUCUUUUUCUUUUCUGUUGACCUUAAAUAUGAAGCUAAUGUAAGCAUUGCAUUGUUUUUUAUUGCAGGUAGAAGAUGUGUUACAGCGUUGCAGAGAAUACUUAAUUAAAAAAAUAAAUGCAGAGAACUGUGUGCGGCUGUUGAGCUUCGCUGAUCUUUUCAGCUGUGAGGAGCUAAAACAGAGUGCUAAAAGAAUGGUAGAACACAAGUUCACAGCUGUAUGCCACCAGGAGGCUUUCAUGCAGCUCUCACAUGACCUGUUGAUAGAUAUUUUGAGUAGUGACAACUUAAAUGUGGAAAAGGAGGAAACCGUUCGUGAAGCUGCUAUGUUAUGGCUGGAAUACAACACAGAAUCUCGAUCACAGUAUUUGUCAUCUGUUCUUAGCCAAAUAAGAAUUGAUGCACUUUCUGAAGUUACACAAAGAGCUUGGUUUCAAGGCUUACCGCCGAAUGAUAAAUCGGUAGUGGUUCAAGGAUUAUAUAAAUCUAUGCCGAAGUUUUUUAAACCAAGACUUGGAAUGACUAAAGAAGAAAUGAUGAUCUUCAUUGAAGCUGCUUCUGAAAACCCUGGUGGUCUUUACUCUUCAGUUUGCUACAGCCCACAGGCUGAAAAAGUUUACAAGCUCUGCAGCCCUCCUGCUGACUUGCAUAAGGUUGGGACGCUUGUAACUCCUGAUAAUGAUAUUUAUAUAGCAGGGGGGCAGAUCCCAUUGAAAAAUGCAAAAACUAACCACAGUAAAACGAGCAGACUUCAGGUUGCCUUCCGAACUGUGAAUUGCUUUUACUGGUUUGAUGCCCAACAAAACACUUGGUUUCCAAAGAGUCCAAUGCUGUUUGUUCGUAUAAAGCCAUCCCUAGUUUGCUGUGAAGGCCACAUCUAUGCAAUUGGAGGAGACAGUGUAGGUGGAGAGCUCAACAGGAGAACUGUUGAAAGGUAUGAUACUGAGAGAGAUGAAUGGACAAUGGUAAGCCCACUGCCCUGUGCGUGGCAAUGGAGUACAGCUGUUGCUGUUCAUAACUGCAUUUAUGUAAUGGCGCACAACCUGAUGUACUGUUACUUCCCCAGGUCAGAUGCUUGGGUUGAAAUGGCUAUGAGACAAACUAGUAGAUGCUUUGCUUCGGCUGCUGCUUUUGGGGAUAAAAUAUUUUAUAUCGGAGGCUUGCACGUUGGCAGCAACUCUGGUAUAAGACUCCCUACUAGCACUGUAGAUGGGUCUUCCGUUACUGUGGAAGUUUAUGAUGUGAAUAAAAAUGAAUGGCGAAUGGCAGCCAACAUCCCUGCCAAACGAUAUUCUGACCCCUGUGUCAGAGCUGUUGUAAUUUCCAACUCCUUAUGUGUCUUCAUACGAGAAACCCACAUGAAUGAGAGAGCAAAGUAUGCCACCUACCAGUAUGAUAUGGAACUUGACCGGUGGUUCUUGCGCCAGCAUAUAUCUGAACGGGUGCUCUGGGAUUUGGGGAAAGACUUUCGGUGCACUGUGGGAAAGCUAUAUCCAUCUUGCCUUGAAGAAUCCCCAUGGAAGCCUCCACCGUAUCUCUUUUCACCAGAUGGAGCUGAUGAGUUUGAGAUUGAUGGAGAGAUGCUGACACUGCCACCUGUAUAGCUCCCAAAAUUAAGAGACUGCAUGCCUAUAACUGGUUAUCAUGAAAACUCUUUGAGAGAACAGGGCUGGAAUAUGAAACAAUAAGCUGUCUUGUAUGUAUGCCCUAUUUAACAUUUUGUGGCCAUUGAGUGUAAAUCGGUGGAAUUUAUAAGCAGAUAUGCUUCCAUAAUCUGAAACAAUCCCUCUGGUAGCUGAUGGGAUCUGUAUGUAUAUUGCAAGCUUAAAGCAUCUGCUUAUUGUCUAAAUUUUUAGUCUUGUGAAGACUUUUAGUUCAGGAAACUUUCACAAAAGCAGCUUCUAUUUCUAGGAUGGUAUGUUAAUUGCUCAAAGUAUCUUCCAGUUAUAUUUGAGUGAGUUCUGGAAAUCUUUGUAUGUGCUAGUUAUUAUAGAUUGUGUGGCCUAAUGGAAUGUGCUACACCUAUUACACAACAGCCGUGUUGGUAUAAUAAUGCCAUGUAAAGAGAGAAACAAAUCCCAUGGAUCUACCUGUGGUAGGAAGGGUAGAUCUUCCAAUUUACGGUGACAUGCAGGGCAAAAUGACUGCAGGCUCAGUCAAGCUGUAUUAUUAUUAUUAUUUUAUUAUUAUUAGGUGCAUGUAUUUUCACUAACUUAUACCUGUCUAUUUAGAAUACAGGUCUUCCGAGCAGCUGGUAGUUUGCCAGGUGUGAACUUACGUUGCUGGGCUUGCAGUAAGAAUUGCCAGCCCUACCUAGUGCGGGUCUGUGUGGAGCUUUUGCUCAGUAAACAGUUCCACAUUCUGUAUUUCAGAAACAAUGGCUCAUGCAUAUUACUUCCUGCUGCUUAUGUCCCCCUGCCCCAAUGUUAACCAAGAUAUAGUGUGGAUUAACCAGGUUUUUAUUUUUGUUAAUUUAAUAACAAGCAUUACUGUAGUGUGACUGUGUAUAGAUAUCCCUUAGUUGUCUCUCUUUUGUUUUUGUUUUUUGGGGGGGAACAAUUUUUUUUUUCCCAGGAAUACUCUGUGCAGGAGAGCAGUUCAGUAGUGCUGCUCUGGCAUUAAUCCCAGGAACCACUAGCAGUAGCGGCGCGCCGCCAAUCUUACAUGAGCACAGGUGCUUCAUGAUGGAUCAUACUAGCAUGUUCAGCUGCAUCAUGUUCUGGCACUGUAUUUUGAAUGAUAUUAAUUUAUUAAAAAAAAAACCUGAGUCAAAGACUUGUUUCCCGCGUUUUCUGCAAGACAGUAUCUUCCCUCAAACUGUUAUGUC